UUGGGAUUGAGCCAACCAGAGUGUUUUGAAAUUGCUUUUCACGCUGUGGAUACACAAAAUAAACCAAAUAAACAGACAUAUGCUGUAAAACAUGGGCCGCUCCUCCAAAGAUAAACGGGACAUAUACUACAGACUGGCGAAGGAGGAGGGAUGGAGAGCCAGAAGUGCCUUCAAACUGCUGCAGCUGGAUGAGGAGUUUAACCUGUUUAAAGGUGUGAGCCGAGCGGUGGAUUUGUGUGCCGCCCCCGGGAGCUGGAGUCAGGUUCUGAGCCGCAAACUAAGAGGAAAGGAGUCCAGUGAGGAGGUGAAGAUAGUGGCGGUGGAUUUGCAGGCCAUGGCUCCUCUGCCCGGAGUCACGCAGAUUCAAGGCGACAUUACCAAGGUUUCCACAGCGCAGGAGAUUAUCAGGCACUUUGAGGGACAGGCUGCAGACUUGGUGGUGUGUGACGGCGCCCCGGAUGUGACAGGACUGCAUGAUGUGGACGAGUACAUUCAGGCUCAGCUCCUACUAGCGGCUCUUAACAUCACCACACACGUUCUGAAACCCGGAGGAAACUUUGUGGCAAAGAUCUUCAGAGGGAAGGACGUGACUCUGCUCUACUCUCAGCUCAAGAUCUUCUUCAGCACGGUGACCUGCGCCAAGCCGCGCAGCAGCCGCAACUCCAGCAUAGAGGCGUUCGUGGUGUGUCAGAAUUACUCUCCACCUGAAGGCUACGUGCCCAACAUGUCCAACCCUCUUCUGGAUCACUCCUAUGAUGUAGAUUUUAAUCAGCUGGAGGGACCGAACAGGAUCAUCGUUCCUUUCCUGGCCUGUGGUGACCUGAGUGCUUUCGACUCGGACAGGACCUACCCGCUCCAGCUCGACUCCAGUAAGGAGUAUCGGUACCUGCCGCCCACGCAGCCGCCCAUCCGACCUCCGUAUCAACAAGCCUGCCACCUUCGCAAAAAUAACCUGCUCGCCAAAGAGGACUCGCCUUCUGCCCCGCUGGACGACGCCCUCUCAAACCUGAAGCUUAAAACUGAGCAGGAAGCAGACACGGCUACACCCGAAACUAGCUGAUCAGCUAAAAAACGGCAUUUUAUUGUAAAUGAUAGAUGUUUUAUUUAAAUACUGUCGUAAUUCAGUUCUGUCAUGUUUUAUUGAAAUGUAGCUUUUACGUUUUAUUACAAAUAAACUUUGACUCUGA